GAUUGAUGACCAACUGCAAUUUUAGCUAGUUCRCCCCAAUCAAAGCAACACCAGAAGACCAACCAAACGAUAAUUAUGACGCGAAAGGGCCUUCGAAGGRAUCGGAACGUUUCCGAACGAGCGACGUUGUCCCCUCCAAUUUUGUUCGUUGCAGCGAUGCUAAUCUGCUCUUCCUCGUUUUUUGCAGACGCGUUUCUUCCGCCGGCAUCAUCAUCGACAUCAGGUAUAUGUGGUGCUCUUGAAGCAAUAUUGGGAUCACGGGACCAGGAGAUACCAAAUGGCKGCUCUUUAUCAUUGUUGGAAAUUGAAUCACCAGGAAUCACCGAACAACUUUCACGGAGAAAAUGGCUGUCUCGAGUUCCACAGCACCUGGGAGUCACGGCCGCUGCAACUGCUCUCGCCACAUCAGGGGGAGUCUUUCCUGCCUAUGCCAUGACGGACAACAUCGGAGAGGUUACUGAUAAAAUAUUUGUCGACAUUUCGGGUCUUUCCGCCUCGGCAUCUGCCGAAUUGGGGCAAACCCAACGCAUCGUCUUGGGUCUCUUUGGAAAGGAUGCCCCUUUAAGCACCCAGAAACUCAGGAGCUUGCAUUCCUCUGCGGGACUUGCAGCUCCCUGUAAGCCCCUGAAGGAAGACUUCUUGAUUCAACGUGAGCAACUCGAGGCCAACAAAGUUUAUAGGUCGUGCACGGAAAACCAAGACAAGGGAGUCAACUACGAUUACGCUCAGAUUUGGAGAAUCGUCAAGGACCAGCGAAUUGAUUUUGGAAGUUUGUCCGGAAAGUUUGUCGCCCGUGAGUUCCCGACCUGGGGCGAAGUAUCAACCGCAAAUAGCGCUGCCGACUACCUUAAGCUGAACAACAGCGCUAGAUAUCUCGUUGCAGUUCGAAAGGGUUCCGACAGUGGUUUCGGCUACACAAUUUUUCCGGUCAGCACUGCCUCAUCGAACCCAGACUUCUUGGACAACUACCUGGUGGUAGGCAAGGUAAUCGAAGGCGAUGACGUUGUAUCAACGAUCAACGAAGUCUCGGUGGUUAACUCGGCGAAAAACCUGAAUUAUAUGGGCAUUGUCGGGGGGGGGGGGACCAAGAGCAAUGCUCCAAAUCGCAGUUGCCGGUACGGAGGCCCCAUGUAUUGCAACGAGAACAAGCCCCUGACCAAAUUGACCAUGUUCCGGACAGGGAUUUUGUGAUACAGGCUCCCUCAAUUCGAGAUCAUUGAAUGUUAGGUUUUUCAAUCCAUAUUGCACCUUUUAGUGAUCUCUAUUCUAUUCUCCCUUCGCUUUUAAGGAGAUAAUACAAUAUGCCACAUUUAAUUUAGAUCCUUAUUGGACUGACAUGCAUCGUAAAAGCCAUCGAUAAAGAUUGGUUUCAUUACAUUUCAACACGGAUCCGACCGUUGGCUCAUUUUCUGUAGCAGUCUAAGAAGCCAUCUUUGGCCCAAACAAAAUGAAACGGCGUUUCCUUCUCAGUACUUUUGAUCGAUCGAGAUUUUCGAUGAGCUCAGCUAGGGCCAAGACUGCGACUGCGUGGUGUGCGCCUGGCCUCGUGUCUUCGUAAACUUCAAAUGCUGCGAAGGCGGCUGCCGCCAAAAACAAGAGUGGCCCCAACACAAUAGAACGAAAAGAAAAUAAUAAUCCUUUCGGCUCCGACUUCUUCUUGCCACCGUUACUAUGAUCCACAAUGUGAGAAAACCGAUUAACCUGAUAGUUCAAUUCCGACAAUGCCAAAAAAACGGCACCAUGGUGUGCUCCCGGUUUGAGRUCUUCUACGACUUCUACGAUCGAUGCGAUACUGGCCAUCACGCAGGCUGCUAUGGCGACAUGCCGGCUCACGACAAAUCUCAGCAACGCUUGUUUCCAAAACGAUAAGAACGAUUUCUUGCUGCUUCCUGCUUUCGUCUCUUUGCCUUCCGUGAGUUCUUCCACGGCUUCCGCCAAUUCCUCAGUCUGCGUCUGCAGAAUGGCAACGCUGCGAGUGAGUCGAAUCAGCGACAACAAAAACAUCCCGUGCGCGUGUCCUACCACAGAUUCAACUUCCUUGUGCAAACUUUCGAUAAUUUCUAGCACGCUAAAGCUCCCUAUUACGAGUGAUACCAUGAUUGGAACGAUUUGGGACCUCCGCUUGGGUUGUGAAACUGCAAUAGCUGUCCUUGUAACAGUCCUGCUUCCACCCCGAACAGAAAAUGCAUAAUUUGUUACUUUUUCUUUGGAUGGCUGAUCAUCCUCUGCGGCUGUUUGGGGGACACGAUUGUGAAGCUUUUGGCUAGAAGAAUUAUAUUCGAGAC